AAGAGCGGGUUUGUUUCGCGCGCGGCGCUUUGAUUUUUUUUUUUCUCUCUCUCUCUCUUCUCCCCUCCUUCAUCUUUUGCAUUUGUUUCGAGGGGAGGGCGACCGCCUUUCCCUCCUCCUCCUCCCCCUUUGCAAAAAAAAAAAAAAAUCCGCAUCUCGUUUCGGGGUUUGCAACCAACUGUUAAAAGGCUCAACUAUGCCCAAAAGAAAGGCUGCAGCUGAAGGUGAAAUAAAGGAGGAGCCAAAGAGACGAUCGGCUAGACUAUCUGCUAAGCCUGCUCCACCCAAACCAGAGCCAAAGCCGAAAAAGGCAGCACCGAAGAAAGAAAAAGGAGGGAAUGAUAAGAAAGAAGACAAAAAAGUAACAACAAAAGGGAAAAAGGGAGCCAAAGGGAAAGAUGAAACUAAACAAGAAGAUGCUAAAGAAGAAAACCACUCUGAGAAUGGAGAUACCAAAACUAACGAGGCACCAGCUGCUGAAGUAUCUGAUGACAAGGAAGCCAAGUCCGAGUAACAGAUUUAGCCCUCUUCAUUUCCAUCAUUUGGUAUUCGUACCUCCAUACUGUAUUGUUAAGAGAGGAAUAUUUUUAUCAACUAUUUUAUAAAUGCAGGUUUUUUUAGCAUGAAUUUAAUCAUGGAACAUCUUCAUCUCGGUUACUUGGACUUCAAAACCAACCAACCAACGACAACAACAACAAAAAAAAUUUAUUGUUUUUAAAAUUUUGUGAUUGUCAUAGUUUGUAUGGUACCCAGAAAGAAUCAGUGGUGGUAGCUAUUGACUUCUAUCAGUAUAUAAUCCCUUUGUGUGUCAGUCAUACGGAAUUCAGAUUUUAAUUUUACCCUUGUUACAUGUUGUAUGGUUUCUUAACGUGGGGAGGUCUAAAAAAAAAAAAAAAUACACACACAAAAACCACAAUUGCGUCAGACAUUCCGGUGGUUCUGUGACUUGCUUUUAUAAAGAAGGUGAGAUAUUUUCAUGAAAAAUCUUAAGAAGCUGGAAACUUGUUGUAUCCCAAAUGUAGUUUUAUUUUGUCACAUUUUGGAGAAUAAUAUUAAAAUAUGUAAUCAUGUUUUUAAAUGAAAUACAAAAAAAAAACUUUUAAAAAAGAGAAGGGCAGGUUUGACUGAAUAUACCCACUGUUAGGAAUUUUGCUGGAUUUAUCUUAAUAAAAUGUCUCCUCAAAAGA